AACAGCACCAACAGUAACAACAACUUACGACGACUUCGAGGCGUCGGCGACUCCAAUUCGGACGCUGUCGCCACAUUCCAUGAGACCGGCAUGCUAAAGGCGCCUUGAUGGUUUUUGCAUACAAAUGACGAAUUAUGAGAAUCUUAUAAAUUUGCCAUUAAAUUUUAAUGCAAAUAAUCAUGCAAAUAAUAAUGAGAACAAUGGCAAAAUUGCUGUUGCCGAGCAGCUAUUGAAUAAGAUGUCGCAGCGGGACUUUUCCGAGAACGAGCCGGAAUGCACACCGGAAUUGCCCGCCGCGAAUCGCGCUCUCUUUCUGGAAAAGGUGCGUCAAUCGAAUGCCGCAUGCCAGAGUGGCGACUUUGCCACCGCGGUGCUGCUCUACACCGACGCACUGCAGCUCGAUCCGGGCAAUCACAUCCUGUACAGCAAUCGCUCAGCUGCCCGCCUCAAGCAGGGACAAUUCGCGUCGGCUCUCCAGGAUGCGACCCAGGCACGCGAGCUGUGUCCACAGUGGCCCAAGGCGUACUUCCGCCAAGGCGUUGCCUUGCAGUGUCUGGGCAGAUACGGCGAAGCAUUGGCCUCGUUUGCAGCUGGAUUGGCACAGGAACCAAGUCACAAGCAGCUGCUGGCGGGACUUGUGGAGGCAUCGCUGAAAAGUCCGCUGCGUGCGGCCCUGGAGCCGACGUUGCAGCAGCUGCGUGCGAUGCAGUUGCAUGAGUCGCCGUUUGUGGUCAGCUCUGUGGUGGGUCAGGAGCUGCUCCAAGCAUCACAGUAUCAGGCCGCAGUCGCCGUCCUUGAGGCUGCGUUGCGCAUCGGCAGCUGCUCGCUGAAGCUGCGUGGUUCCGUCUUCAGUGCCUUAAGCUCGGCGCACUGGGCUCUAAAUCAGUUGGAUCAGGCGAUUGGUUACAUGCAACAGGAUCUGGCUGUGGCCAAAUCUCUGGGUGACACGGCUGGCGAGUGUCGAGCACAUGGUAAUCUCGGCUCCGCCUAUUUUAGUCAAGGUGCCUACAAGGAGGCGCUUACAGCCCAUCGCUAUCAACUCGUCCUGGCCAUGAAGUGUAAGGACACGCAGGCAGCUGCCUCGGCCUUGACAUCCCUGGGGCAUGUAUACACCGCUAGCGGUGACUAUCCCAAUGCACUCGCCUCCCACAAACAGUGUGUACAACUCUUCAAGCAGCUCGGCGAUCGCCUGCAAGAGGCGAGGGAGAUCGGGAAUGUGGGCGCUGUUUACCUGGCACUGGGAGAGUGCGAGGCAGCCUUGGAUUGCCACACACAACAUCUGCGAUUGGCCCGCAAGUUGCACGAUCAGGUGGAGGAGGCAAGAGCCUACUCCAAUUUGGGCUCGGCUCAUCAUCAGCGUCGACAGUUCCCCCAGGCAGCCGCCUGUCAUGAACAAGUGCUGCGCAUUGCCCAGUCUCUAGGGGAUCGCAGCAUUGAGGCGCGCGCCUAUGCGGGAUUGGGGCAUGCAGCACGCUGUGCCGGCGAUGCAGCUGCCUCCAAACGUUGGCACGAACGACAACUGGCCAUGGCGCUGGCAGCACGAGAUAAAUUGGGAGAAGGACGCGCUUGCUCUAAUCUGGGCAUUGUCUAUCAGCUGCUUGGAGCCCACGAUGCCGCCUUGAAGCUCCACCAAGCGCAUCUGGGCAUUGCUCGCGCCUUGGGUGACCGGGCGGGCAUGGGACGCGCCUAUGGCAACAUGGGUAAUGCCCAUGCCGCCGCUGGAGCCUACGAGGCGGCUGUGAAGUACCACAAACAAGAGUUGGCCAUCAGUCAGGCGGUCAACGAUCGCAGUGCCGAGGCAGCCACCCAUGGAAAUCUGGCGGUAGCCUACCAGGCUCUAGGUGCCCACGAUGCCGCCCUGGCGCACUAUCGUGCUCAUCUGGCAACGGCAAGAUCACUCAAAGAUGCAGCGGGAGAAGCUUGCGCUCUGCUGAAUCUGGGCAAUUGCCUCAGCGCCAGACAGCUCUAUGGGGAGGCUGUUCCUCACUACGAAAGUUAUCUGAUGCUCGCUCAGGAACUGGGCGAUGUCGCCGCCGAGGGCAAGGCCUGUCAUCUCCUGGGUUAUGCCCAUUAUUGCCUUGGCAACUAUCGUGCUGCGGUUCGAUACUACGAUCAGGAUCUGGCCUUGGCCAAGGAUGCUCAGCAUCGUCCGCAUAUGGGACGCGCCUAUUGCAAUCUGGGAUUGGCUCAUCUUGCAUUGGGACACACUGCCGCCGCCUUGGAGUGUCAACAACUCUUUCUGGCUGUUGCCCAUGCGACGGGUCAGUUGCCGGCCAAGUUUCGUGCCUUGGGAAAUAUUGGGGACAUCCUGAUCCGCACGGGUGCCCAUGAAGAAGCCAUCAAGCUGUAUCAGCGUCAGCUGGCGCUGGCCAGAUCCGCCGGCGAGCGUGCCAUGGAAGCAGCUGCCUGUGGCGCUCUGGGAUUGGCCCAUCGUCUGCUUCGUCGCUGGGAUAAGGCCUUGGGACAUCACACACAGGAGUUGACCCUUCGACAGGAGCUGGGCGAUCUAGCAGGCGAGUGUCGGGCUCAUGGACAUCUGGGUGCCGUUCACAUGGCUCUUUGCAGUUGGACGCAUGCGGUCAAGUGCUAUCAGGAGCAACUGGAGCGGGCGCAGGAGCAGAGGGAUGCGGCAGUUGAGGCUCAGGCACAUGGUAAUCUUGGCAUUGCCCGUCUCAAUAUGUCACACUACGAGGCAGCCAUUGGCUGUCUGGAAGCGCAACUGGGCACCUUGGAGCGUGUCUCCCUGCCCUCCACCCAAGCGGAUCGAGCGAGAGCUCUUGGACAUCUGGGUGAUUGUUAUGCCGCCCUGGGGGACUAUGAAGAGGCCUUAAAGUGCCACGAUCGGCAGUUGCAGCUUGCUUUAGGUCUGGCCAGUCAUCGGGAUCAAGAACGUGCCUAUCGAGGAUUGGGUCAGGCCCGUCGUGCUCUGGGACAGCUGGCCACGGCUUUGGUAUGCCUGGAGAAGCGUUUGGUGGUGGCCCAUGAGCUGCACAGCGCCGAGGUCAAAGCCUUGGCUUACGGAGAUCUGGGACAUGUCCAUGCUGCGUUGGGUAAUCAUGCCCAGGCCCUGAACUGCUUGGAGCAUCAGCGAGAGUUGGCACGUGGUCUGCAGGAUCGUGCCUUAGAAUCGGAUGCCAUGUGUGCGUUGGGGCAGGUGCAACAGCGCAUGGGACAACUUGUGGAGGCCCUGCAACUUCACGAACAGGAUCUCCAGCUCUGCACGGAGCUGGCGGCGCCAUCACUUCAGGCACGUGCCUUGGGCAAUCUUGGUGCCGUCCACGAGGCAUUGGGACAGCAGGAUGAAGCCUUAAAAUGCUACGAAAGACAGCUCGGACUCAGCUCGGAUAGACUCGGCAAAGCUCUGGCCUGUGGUGCAUUGGGACGUGUGCAUCAUCAACUGGAGCAGCAUGGGCAGGCGGUGGAAUACUUGCGUCAAGGUUUGGCCAGCGCCCAGUCCAUUGGCAAGUCAGAGGAGGAAGCUAAAAUAAGACAUCAAUUGGGUCUUGCUUUACGCUCCUCUGGCGACCCUGAGGGCGCUCGCAUUCAACUGGAAACAGCUGCGCAGCUGCUGGAGUCUGUGCGUCAGGAACAGCGCAGUCCGGAGGCACGACUGGCUCUGUACGAGCUGCAAACAAGUUGCUACCAUUUGUUGCAACAACUUCUGGUGGCCUUGCAACGGAAUGAGGAUGCACUUGUUGCCGCCGAGCGCUGCAAGGCGAGAAAUGGCGCCGAUGCCAAGAUGCCUCUUUCAACAACAACCACGACGACAACAACAACAUCGACAACAGUUCUAGCCGACAUUGAGGCCAUUUUGGAGGCCGUGAAUCGUGGCAGGAUGCCCGUGUUGUACUACAGUCUGGCGGGAGAGCAGCUCUAUGCUUGGUUGUUGCAACCUCAGACAGGUAUUGUGCGCUUCCAUGCGGCACGUAUCGAUCCGCAGACGUUGCAGUUGCCCCUCUCACUUAACGAGUGCCACGAAGAGGAUGAGGACGAGCAGCAGCCGCAUCGGGAGGGUGAACCCUCCGAGACCGAUGGUCAAUUACUGUUGGAACGUUAUAUAAACAUGGUGCGUGAUAAUCUCGGUGUAAACUCACAGAGUCUCCUCCAUGAAGGAGAUGGCAGCGGCUGGCGUGCAAGCAGCGAGCAGUUGCUCGAGGAUUUACCCGGUGCUGGAGCUGGCGGCGGGGGAUUCCUUCGCAUGGUCAGUCGCAAUCACAUGUUGAACUCAUCCAACUACUCGUUGAGUUCGCUCUUCUCGUUGGGCUCCGUUGCGAGCUUGCAGGGAUCAACCCGCUCGGUCGGAAGUCGCAGCUCUCGGAGAGCUCCUGCUCCCCCCGCCUGGCGUGGGCCCGCCUGCCUGCACACUCUGUACAAUCUACUUCUGGCUCCAUUUGAUGAUCUUCUGCCAAGUGGCGCCAGCGUGUCCCGACAGGGAAGACGUGAACUCAUUCUUGUGUUGGACAGCGCACUCUACCUGGUGCCAUUUGCCAUCCUACGCGCCGCUGGCGAUGAUGGCGAAUAUCUUUCGGAACGUUGUGCCUUGUUGACGGCGCCGUCACUGCAAUCCCUUCGUGGUCGCUCUCGAAGUCGUCGGGAUCGUGGUCGUCCUCCCACAGCUCUGGUUGUUGGUGGACCACGAGUUCCAGCUGCUCUGGCCGAACGUUGGGGCUGGGCAGCUGCCGAAUCUCCGGCAGCACUUCAAGAAGCCGCUAUGGUAGCCGACAUGCUGCAGGCCAAUGCCCUUGCCGGCUGUAAUGCCACCAAGGAGUCUGUGCUCGCCGAGCUCCCAAGCGCCGAGUGCGUCCACUUUGCCGCCAAUCUCAGCUGGAAAUUGGGCGCCGUUGUGCUCAGUCCCGGAGAUGUGGUUACCGCGGAGCAGCAACAACAGAAGGAACCCCACGAGCCGCAGCUUUCAGACUUUACACUCGCCGCCGCGGAGCUGCGUCAACUACGUCUAGGAGCUCGUCUCGUGGUGCUGAGCUCCUAUCACUCGGUAGAACCCAUUACUGGCUCGGGAGUCGCCCAACUGGCUGGGGGUUGGCUCUUAGCAGGCGCAGGUGCCGUGCUCAUCUCAUUGUGGCCAGUGCCGGAGACGGCUGCGAAGAUUCUUCUGCGCGCAUUCUACUCUGCUUUGUUGCAAGGCGCAAGAGCCGCUCGCGCCUUAGCGGAGGCCAUGCAGACAGUGCAGCACACGAAGCACUUUGCACAUCCGGCGAACUGGGCAGGUUUCCUGCUUGUGGGCGGAAAUGUGCGUCUGUCCAACAAGGUGGCCCUCCUGGGGCAUGCACUGUGCGAGCUGCUUAGAACGCCGGAACGUUGUCGGGAUGCGCUGCGCGUUUGCCUGCAUCUAGUGGAGAAGAGUUUGCAGCGCAUUCACCGAGGACAAAAGAAUGCAAUGUACACAACCCAGCAGAGCAUUGAAAAUAAAGCGGGUCCUGUGGCCGGCUGGAAGGAUCUUCUUAUGGCUGUGGGCUUUCGCUUUGAGCCUGCAGCAAAUGGGAUUCCCUCGAGCGUAUUUUUCCCCCAAACGGAUCCCGAGGAGCGUCUCUCCCAGUGCUCGGCCAGCCUGCAGGCUCUCCUAGCGCUGACUCCUGCCACGCUCCAAGCUCUGGCCAAGCUGGUGAACAGCGCUGAACAUGCAGAUGAUAUCAUUGCUGUUGUCAGGAAUAUCUUGGCGCAAUUCCCUUCCAAGCCAGAGGCUGAAGCCUGCAUCGAGAUGCCUUUAAGUGUGCGCCUUUGGCGUGUCGCUGGCUGUCACGAGCUCCUAGCAUCAGUGGGCUUCGAUCUCACCGAGGUGGGUGCGGAUCAGGUGAUUCUCCGUACGGGAAAACUGGCAAAUCGUCGUCAUUGCCAGUUUGUGUUGCAGGCUCUCCUAGCGCUCUUUGAUACCCACGAGGCACCCAAGAGCUUAAGCCUUGACUCCUCGGCUCACAGCAGCAGUAGCUGCGAAUCGCUUGCUGAACCUGAGCUGGAUGUACCCGCCGUGCCACCCACUACCAACAAUGGAAGCAGCGGUGUCUCAAACACAACUCUUCCCAACUCGACACAGUCGCCAUUGCCAUUGCAUCCGCGUAGCGCCUUCAUCUCGUAUGUCCGUCGUCGUGGCGAGCCCGAUGGAGGCGGUGGCUUGGACUCCAGUCUGGCCAAUACCACGGACAGCGAGCACUCCCUCUCGGAUGGUUAUGCGACGCAGGCGGGCAGUGGUCAGGCUGCUCCACGUCUAGGCUAUGCCAGUCUGCGAGGCCCGGUGCGUGUUUCCCGUCCAGGAGGCGGCGGAGAGAGUGAUGCUGCCUUUACCCCUAGUCCUCCCGUAACUGAUCCCAGCUUGUCGCUGGCGUUGGCUCAUCAGACGCGCAUCCGCUGCCUCUACGCUCAGCCGGGCACUGCGACAGGUGGCUCUUCGGCGGCUCCACCGACGAGUAACAACCGAAGGCCGGAUAGUUCCAGUUCGGCAAGUAGCACGACGACGGACUGGGAGGGUUCUGGACAUGCUACAGUGCUGCGACGUGGUGCCGCUGCAGGCGCCCAACAGCAGCUGCAGCAGCAACAGGCUCAGCAGCAGCCUCCGCUGCCACCCCCACGUCCUCCAGUUUAUCACAAUCUGGGAGCAGGCGGACGCAGCAAGCCGAAGAUUAAACUGGGCAGCGCUCAGAGCUCACUCGCGGCACGGGUGAACAAGGAGCAUGCACUCUUCAUGGACAGGCUGAGUGUGCGCACAGAGCUAACCGCUCCAACGACGUUGAGUAAUCCUGCUUCUGGUGCUGGAGUCGCGACGAGUGGAGGUCAGCGGAAGCCUCUGUCAAUGACAGAGGAGGAAGCCGCUAAUGUGGCCUUCAAUCCUGCCAGCCUUUACUUCUCGCCAGCGGAAAGCGAGCUUCUGGGCGAGCCAAAGCAGCCGCUGGAGGAGACUCCAGUCAAGCCGAGUGCCAAGUGUAUCCAGGAUAGCAUCAUGCGUCACAUGAAUCGUGAGUUGACGCCCAGCAUCUCGGAACUGUAUCAUGAGCGUAGUCUGGGGUUGGGUUUGGCACCGCCUUUGUCUAAACUGCUGCUUAAUCCCAAUUACGAGGAGCAGGAAAUGACUACCAUGGUGGAGAGCAGCUCUCAAUCCGCUGGUAAUGCAGCGGCCAUUAAAACCCUUGUGGAUGCAGUCAACGAACUGGAAUUAGGUGGCAGCUCCUCUGGGGCAACAAUCCCCACUGUUGUUGGCGGAGGAGUCGGCGGCGUCGAGGCAGAGGGCACAGCAGCUCCGGGUACAAUCGAUGUGGAAUCCACCUGCUCUAUUUGCGGCGAGCGCGCCGAUGUCGUCUGUCGUUGCAAAGCGGCCACCAUGCAGAAGAAGGCGACGUUAAAGCCCUGGCUGAGUAAUGUGCCCGCCACGAACCUCGUCCAAGCCAGCGAACUGACCACUGCUGACAUCCUUGAGCGUCGCCUCGAGACCGUCGUGCCCAGCGCCCCUUUUGCCGCCGAGCUCUGUCGUCGUGAUGAAGGCGAUGGUCGCUCCGUAGCCGACUCCCAAUGCAGCAGCAACUAUAAACGCGUAUUGGCCACAGCCGGCGCAGUCAGCGGUCUCGUCGUUGGCAUUGGUCCGAGCGAUGCGGAGGCACAGAACGCCAACUCCGGCGCCACCUGCUCCUCCGCCCGCCUCGUCUAAGAUCUUUGAGAUUGAUAUUCUGUUUUUGAUAUUACCAAUUACAUUUAGUUUAAAAUAGAAUUAUGCUUUAGGUUCUACUUCCGACUUGUACUGAUCAUCUUAGCCCUAGAGUAUUGCAUUCUAUUUAUUUAUUUAUAUAGUAUAUACACAUAUUACAUACAUAUAUCUACACUGAUUAUUUUAGUUCA